AUGGCUAAGGGUUAUUCUAAAAAAUAUGAAGUUGACUAUGAAAAGACUUUUGCCUAUGUUGCUCGUCUCACUACUGUUCGUUGUUUUCUUGUUGUUGUUGUUAUUCGUCAAUGGUCUUUUCUUCAGUUAUAUGUCAAGAAUGAAUUCUUACAUGACACUUUGUCUGAAGAAGUUUAUAUGACUUCUUCUCCAGGGAUAGUUAUCCUCUUACUUUAUGUUGAUAUGAUCAUCACGAGAAAUGAUGCAUCUGGAAUUUCUGAUCUACAGACAUAUCUUAAUCAACAAUUUGAUAUGAAGAUCUUGGGUCCCAUUCGCUAUAUUUUGAGACUUGAAGUUUCUGAUUUUCCCGAUAGUUUCUAUUUGUUUCAAGCUAAAUAUGUCUUUGAUCUUAUUUCUCGAGCUGGUCUCACAUACUGUCAGGUAGCCUCUACACCACUUGCCUAUAACGUUCGAGUUACACCUCACGAUGGCUUUCUCCUUGAUGAUUCUACCCUAUUUCGUCAGUUUGUUGGGAGUUUAAUCUAUUUGGCUAUUACUAGACUUGAUAUUGCUCAUGCAGUGCAUAUUGUGAGUCAGUUCAUGGUUUUUCCGAGGACCUCACACUACUCUGUCGUCUUACAUAUUCUUCGCUAUGUGAAAGGUACUCUUCUGCAUGGAUUACAUUUUUCAUCUCACUCCUCUUUGGCACUAAGUAGUUAUUCUGAUGCUAAUUGGGCUGGGGGACCGUACCGAUCGUCGUUCUCUCAUUUCUUCGCGCAGCAAAAAGCAAACUUUGGUUUCUCGAUCAAGUGUUGA